UGUUGAAGGCAGCUGGUGCGUGUCACCAGGACGUGAGUUGGGAUCUCACCGGCUUUGAUCUCUCUGUGAGAAGAUCCUCUUGUUUAUAGCCGCCGGGAUUUCGCAGGAUUUGUGGUCUGCGAUUCCUUGGCAUGGAUCUUCCAGGAUAAAGAAAAAUGUCCAUAUUCCUAGUCUCCCCGUGUCCAGAAGUGCGUGUCUUGGAAAUGUGUUACCAAAUAUUUCCGAACUGGUAACGGAGCAUCGAGUUUCAGCCUCUGUGGAACUGUGUUCGAAUGCUCACUGGAUGUACUGCCUUACGUGUGAACGAGGUGUUCGUAAGAUUAUCGGACAUUGUUGGGGCAUUGUGAGGGAGAGGUGUAGGGUAGUGGAGGAGGGGAGGGGAGGUGCAAAUUGAUGGAGACAGUUUUUUUUUUUACAAUGGUAAUGAUAUUGUUUACAAAGAUGGCGUGGGGAAGGGCGUGAGGUGAAAGCGUUGAUGCGUGGACGGGCGGUGAGGGAGGCGGUGAGGGAGGAGAGCGUGGUGGAGAAGGUGGAGGACACCGUCAGGAGGUUCCCUCACCACCGUCAGCGCCGCGGUCAGCCCCUGCGGCGUCAGCGGUGCUCGUCGCUACACUCCCUCCUUCGCCAACAACUCCUGACGCAGGGCACCAAGAUGGCCGCUGCUUUCCGAAAGCUCUUCCGUUCCAGCGACAAGUUGGAGCCCCAGUACCACACCACCGAGGCUUCUCCUACCACCACCACUACCACAACUACCACCACCAGUAACAACCACAUCAACCACAACACUUGUAGAGACUCCAGCUCUAGAACCUCAAUGAACACAGCGGGUAACAGAAGCCAGCUAUCUGGUGCAUGGGGCCAAGACACCACAGGUGAAGGUGUGGUGGCGUUGGUGGGUGGUGGAGGUUGUAUUGGGGCAGGCAGUGGUGAUGGGGGGAGUGCUGGAGGCCACAAUGGCCUCAACUCUCCCUCCACAGCACGGAAGUUCUUCUCCAGACACACCUACUUGGAAGGCAGCCGGGUAGGGCCUUCUGAGGGAGUGGUCAGUCAACACAGCCCCAAGUCUUCCAGCCGUGGUAAAACUCCCCUGGGGGCGUCUGCACCCACCUCCACGGGCGUCCUCUUCAAAAAGGCAUCCCAGGGUAGCAGCGGCGCGGCUGGAGGCAGUGGUGGCAGCGGCGGUGGGAUCCUGAACGAGUCCACUACUAAACACAUGAAGAUCGUCAGAACUAGGAGGUUGAUGAAGGAGUUUCAGGAGCUUUCCAGAGGCCAGCAGAAUGCCAAGGAUCCAGUCUUCACUGUUGACCUCGUCAAUGACUGCCUCUACGAGUGGAAGGUUAAGCUGCUUCGUGUGGACCCGGAUUCUGAACUUCACCGAGACAUGCAGGAGAUGAACGUCCAUCACAUCUUGUUAUCUCUCAGCUUCCCUGAGAACUUCCCCUUCCAUCCUCCCUUUCUCAGAGUGUUGUCUCCCAGACUGGAGAAGGGGUUCGUGAUGGAGGGUGGAGCUAUCUGCAUGGAAUUACUAACCCCGCGAGGCUGGGCCUCGGCUUACACUAUAGAAGCUGUCAUCAUGCAGUUCGCAGCCAGCCUGGUCAAGGGGCAGGGCAGGAUAUCACGUAAACACAAGGCACCUAAGGAAUUUAACAAGAGGUCAGCAGAGUCAGCGUUCAGAUCGCUGGUUAAAACUCACGAAAAGUAUGGCUGGGUUACCCCGCCUCUUUCUGAAGGCUAGCACAGGACCGCCACCAUCUUGCAGCCUCAUCGUUCAUGAAUCCAUCCGAGUGAUUUCCGAUCCAUGAUUCGUGUUAAGAAUCGAAUCCUCCUUGCAAAUGCAUCAAGUUUAUCCUCGUCGAACACUAUUUGCAAAAAACCCACAUUUGUGGAUGAAUGUUUCAAUGAUGAUUUGAUCCAUUCUGAACGAUGUCUAAGACAUUUUGGUCCAUUAUGGACCAUAAAAUAUUUUGGUCUAUUGUGGGCCAUAAUCAAGACAUUUUGAUCCAUCGUGGGCCAUAAUCAAGACAUUUCGGUCAGUCCUGGAUCAUUAUUAAGGACCACUGUUUGAAUACUAGGUAAAAAUUAUUGCAGACACAGUGACUGUGAUGUGCUAAACCCAUAUGUUUACAUCAUAUGACAGCUGGAGAAUGGGAGGUAAUCAGGUUCGAUCCAAUGAAGGUGAUGGUACCUGCAGUUCCUUUGAUUAAGAGCCCUUCAGUAUCACUCCUUCGAAAGGGUGGGGCUCGUGUGUUAAUUUUAUCAUUCCAUGGGAACCCUUUAACCCACAGGGGUCAUGUGUUACCUAGGGUAUUACAGGUAAUUCAACUUGAUCUGAAGGAAGCCCUCUAUUACUUGGACCAAGAGCCCUUCACCCAGGGAGACAUUUCAGAUUAAAAUAAAUCUUUCAGCAAACUGGUUGCAUCGCACCUAGGCGGGGUGGCCCAAAAGUUAACGCAGAAGUUUCUCCUUUUAAAUUUAUUAAUAUAUACAGGAGAAAGGGUUACUAGCCCCUUGCUCCCGGCAUUUUAGUCGCCUCUUACAACACGCAUGGCUUACGGAGGAAGAAUUCUGUUCCACUUCCCCAUGGAGAUAAGAGGAAAUAAACAAGAACAAGAACUAGUAAGAAAAUAGAAGAAAACCCAGAGGGGUGUGUAUAUAUCUACUUGUACAUGCAUGUGUAGCAUGACCUAAGUACAAGUAGCAAGAUGUACCUGAAAUCUUGCAUGUUUAUGAGACAGAAAAAAGACACCAGCAAUCCUAUCAUCAUGUAAAAUAAUUACAGGUUUCUGUUUUACACUCACUGGCAGGAUAGUAGUAUCUCCCUGGGUGGCUGCUGUCUACCAACCUACUACCACAGGAUGGUAGUACCUCCCUGGGUUUUUGCUGUCUACAAACCUACCACAGGACAGUAGUACCUCCCUGGGUUUUUGCUGUCUACCAACCUACCACAGGACAGUAGUACCUCCCUGGGUGGUUGCUGUCUACCAACCUACUACCACAGGACAGUAGUACCUCCCGGGGCAGUUACUGCCCACCAACCUACUAGGUUAAAAGGAAUCAUACAUGUACAGUAUAUAUAUGCAUACAUAUACACACACACAGGACACAGUAUACAUAUACGUAGUUAUUAAGCAGCGGCAAUAACAAACUAUUUCCUGGGGUAGCCCAGUGGUGGACGUGUCUGGAAGGUGGACCAGCAACUUGUUUUGAAACGGUAAAAUUAUUACUAUUUAUAUUUUGGGGGUUGGAGCUCCCCAACCCCCCUUAGUGCUGCCACUGUAAUUGAGUACAAGGUACUUGUUGAAAUGACUUAAUUUGUUUUACAUUCAUUACUAGUCAUCUGUUUUAUCGUUGUUGAGUACAAAGAAUUUAUUACAAGGUUUAUAUUUUAUAUAUAGUUCUAGUCAACUGUUUUAUCAUUGUUGAGUACAAUCUCAGACUUAUUGAAAAGUUUUAUAUUUCUUUUCUAUGAAAUUCUAGGGAAGUGUUUUUAUCAUCGUAACAAAUACAAACUAAUAUUUCUUUCACAAAAAUGUGCCGAAACUGUAUUAUUAUUAUAAUCAAGGGGGAAGCGCUAAACCCGGAGGAUUAUACAGCGCCUGGGGGGGAUGUGGAAGGCAUUCAGGCUUAAUUCGGGGAACUGGAGCACAGAUCCAAUUCCCUAAAUCAAGAGCCCCUCACCAACAUCAAGGAACCUUCCUUGAGGGGCCGAAACUGUAAAUGUCAUAAAAUAUCGGUUAGCUGUUUGACAUUUAGUCAGUGGAACUGUCAGGUACUUGACAAUAUAAUGUUCUUUAUUAUAAAUGUUAUACAAUACAGCCUCUCCUCACUUAACGACAGAGUUCCGUUCCUAAGACUUCGUCAUUAAAUGAAUUCGUUGUUAACUGAGGAGCACGCCAUAAUGGUAGUGGGUUUGUAUCAACCAUCUUUGAUAUCGUUUUAAUGUCACCUCUGCACCAUUUAUAACAUUUCUGAGAGCCCGUUGUAAGUCCGAGUUGUCGGUAAAUGAGUAUGUCGCUAAGUGAGAGGUUGAGAGGUUGUACUGACAAGCUGAUGAAUAAGACAGGGGUAACACUAGGAUUAUUGAUGGAAUGUUUCAUCUGCAGUGCAAGUCUCAACAGUCAAAUGCAGAGAUUAAUCACACCACUGGAGACAUCAGUGUUGGUGGAAGACAGAUAGAGAGGUAGUCUGAGGUAAUAUAUCCGUCAGUCCUAGUGCAAGAUGAUCAGUCUCUCAGUGUACAGCAGAAGCACAUGGUCUGAGGUCUGUAUACUGGAAGGUGAAGUAUAGCAGCUUGGUUAAUGCCACUGGUGAGUCGAGUCCACUUGUAGAGGCAAGUUACGAUAAACACUGAAGACCACCUUGCACGAAGACAACAUCACUGUGUCAGACUAGUGUCAAGCGAUGUCUUCAUGAAUACCACUAACAAGUGUUUGUCAUGACUUUCACUUGACUUCUGUUUUAUACUAAGAGAUUCAUCAUCUUGUAGUAAGGCUAAGGGAGAGAUUAUCUCAAACCACCUCUCCGAUAAGGGAACACUGUAUCAACAUCUGGGGUCCCAGACUAUUCAACACGUUAAAUAAAUAACAAAAAGGCACAAUACCGUGACUGGAACGAUACACAAAUAACCCGCACAUAAAAGAGAGAAGCUUACGACAAUGUUUCGGUCCGACUUGGACCAUUGACAAAGUCACACGUCCAAGUCAGUCCAAGUCGGACUGAAACGUCGUCGUAAGCUUCUCUCUUUUAUGUGCGGGUUAUUUGUGUAUUCAACACGUUACCAGAAGAUAUCAGAAACACUGCUGGAACAAGUGUAGAAGCCUUCAAGAGGAAACUGGACAAGUAUCUUCACCAGGUGCCAGAUCAACCAGGCUGUGAUGGAUAUGUGGGGUAGCGGGCCUCCAGAAGCAACAGCCUGGUUGGCCAGGCAAGCACCAGAUGAGCCUGGCCUAUGGCCAGACUCAAAACUCUUCAAAGGUAUAUCAAAGGUAUACCACCCAUGCUGAUGUCUCCAGCAGUAUGAUUCAUCUCUACAUUUGACUGUUGAAGCGUACAGUGUAGGCAAACUUCUCACAUACUGUUGUUUACUUCCUAUACAUUAGUCUACACUUGUCUGCCUCACUAUAUACUAGUCUAUACUGUUUUGCUUCACUGUAUACCUAAAUACCCAUAAGUACUUAUUCAACAUUAUUUGCCUACCUCAUCUAUUAGCCUCUAUCUGUAAGAUGGACCCAGAUAAUAUUACAAUCAUAACUAACCGCUAAGCCCAUUAGGGUCAUACAGCGCAUCCCCAAAUAAAUAUACCAUCCUCCUCUAUACAAUAUACAGUGGACCCCCGGUUAACGAUAUUUUUUCACUCCAGAAGUAUGUUCAGGUGCCAGUACUGACCGAAUUUGUUCCCAUAAGAAAUAUUGUGAAGUAGAUUAGUCCAUUUCAGACCCCCAAACAUACACGUACAAAUGCACUUACAUAAAUACACUUACAUAAUUGGUCACAUUUGGAGGUAAUCGUUAUGCGGGGGUCCACUGUAUACUGUUGCAUAUUAAAUGUACCGUCUUACAUAUAAACAGUGUAUCGUACCAUUUGAAUUACUUCUAGGUUUGGAAAAUAGAUUAAUUUAGUAGUUAUUUUAUUAUAACAGUUAUAACUGAGUGUUAAACCCACUAGUCAUAAAGCUCUGUAUUACUAUUAUAAUCAAGGAAAAGUGCUAAACCAAUAAGGGUUACCUGGAGUUUACCUGGAGAGAGUUCCGGGGGUCAACGCCCCCGCGGCCCGGUCUGUGACCAGGCCUCCUGGUGGAUCAGAGCCUGAUCAACCAGGCUGUUGCUGCUGGCUGCACGCAAACCAACGUACGAGCCACAGCCCGGCUGGUCAGGAACUGACUUUAGGUGCUUGUCCAGUGCCAGCUUGAAGACUGCCAGGGGUCUGUUGGUAAUCCCCCUUAUGUAUGCUGGGAGGCAGUUGAACAGUCUCGGGCCCCUGACACUUAUUGUAAUUUAGGAAUGAUCUUUGAGUUCUCAAUACCAUACUUACCUUAUGAAAAUGUUCUAAUACACGAAUGUUUUCAUCUCGAUAACACGUCUGAUUUGUAUUACAAUAACCCAGACAUGUCUGAACAUGCAACUGUCCAGUAAGAUCUACAGCACUGUAUAAAUAUUUCCUGAAAAAGUAAUUGUCAUAUAGCCGUCUUUCAUUGUUUUACAUUGUGUAAAUCAUGAAUAUACCAGUCCAGUAUAUCAAAAAACUGCUCCAGAAAAUGGGGAACAUGGUCAGCAGAACUUUUGAAGGUUGCUAGGAAUUCACUUGUUUUGGGAAAAAAGAGCCGGGGAAAAUAGAACACUUGGGCGAGGGGCUUAGAGUAUUGAGAGUUUUCCCAAUUUCUGGAAUUGUGAUUUGAUAUCCAAUGCUCAUGGAAGCUGUGACUUAUUUUGUAAUGUGCAGUGUGUGUAUUAUGUUUGUGUGAUGUAGUUUAUGAAAUGUAAGACAGACUGUGUGUUAAGGAUACGACCAGUUACAAAGUGGUAUUUUACGUUUAUUAUAAGAGCAUAUAUUACUAUUAUACAAUGAAUCUACAAUUUAAUGGAUUUUGUAAAUAAAUGAGAUAGUCGAUUAAAGAGCAACAAAGCGCAGUAGUUGUAAAAAUUACUCGGUAAUACGAUCAAGGUAAAAACAAAAAAUCUAUCCCGUCGGCGCCUCCCUAUUAGGGCCACUAAAUUGUGUUUUAAAUUAUUAAUGGAAAAGCAGUGUAUCCAUGAGGGUAAUAUAGUGCCUGAGGUAUGGAAGACAGUCAGGCUUGAGUUAAGGAGAGGGUAAUAUAGUGCCUGAGGUAUGGAAGGCAGUCAGGCUUGAGUUAAGGAGAGGGUAAAAAUAGUGCCUGAGGUAUGGAAGACAGUCAGGCUUGAGUUAAGGAGAGGGUAAUAUAGUGCCUGAGGUAUGGAAGGCAGUCAGGCUUGAGUUAAGGAGAGGGUAAUAUAGUGCCUGAGGUAUGGAAGGCAGUCAGGCUUGAGUUAAGGGGAGGGUAAUAUAGUGCCUGAGGUAUGGAAGGCAGUCAGGCUUGAUUAAGGAGAGGGUAAUAUAGUGCCUGAGGUAUGGAAGACAGUCAGGCUUGAGUUAAGGAGAGGGUAAUAUAGUGCCUGAGGUAUGGAAGGCAGUCAGGCUUGAGUUAAGGAGAGGGUAAUAUAGUGCCUGAGGUAUGGAAGGCAGUCAGGCUUGAGUUAAGGAGAGGGUAAUAUAGUGCCUGAGGUAUGGAAGGCAGUCAGGCUUGAGUUAAGGAGAGGGUAAUAUAGUGCCUGAGGUAUGGAAGGCAGUCAGGCUUGAGUUAAGGAGAGGGUAAUAUAGUGCCUGAGGUAUGGAAGGCAGUCAGGCUUGAGUUAAGGAGAGGGUAAUAUAGUGCCUGAGGUAUGGAAGGUGAGGGUAGCAAAGGGUGGGUUGGGGGAUAGGUGAGGGUAGCUCGGGGUGGGUUGUGGGGGGGUAGAAUUUGAGGGUAGCUCCAGUUAUUUUAAGUAAGAAUAUCUGAACAGUUUGGGGGUACCCCCCUUCCAUCCCUGGUGAAGCAUUAAAUGGUAUGUCAGUUCCCACAUUUACUAAUAUAUUUUUUCCACUAUAAUCUACCUUGUCCACAAUUACUAUUGUAUUUACUUUGUCUGUUUUGUAAGGUGAACUCCAGGAUCUUUCCUUAAUUCAUGGUGUGACUUAACAAAUCUUCGAGGAUAAUUGUGUUGCAGAGGUCUGAG